UGUUCUUGUUCUCCUCUCACCCUACCGACUCUCAUCUCAGUUGGCCCCCUGACAGUGAGCUUCAGCCAGGUGCCAAAUCUGGAGCAGAUCCAAGAGAAGAACCCGGCGGUGGGCCUUGGGGGCAGGUACCGCCCUUCCGCCUGUGAGCCACGCUCCCGGACAGCCGUCAUCAUCCCGCACCGCAACCGGGAGACACACCUGCGCCACUUGCUCUACUACUUACACCCCUUCCUCCAGCGCCAGCAGCUGCAGUAUGGGAUCUAUGUAGUCCAUCAGGCUGGCAAUGCGACUUUCAACCGGGCCAAGCUGCUGAAUGUGGGCGUGAAGGAAGCCCUAAAGGAUGAGGAGUGGAAUUGCCUCUUCCUCCACGAUGUUGACCUCAUUCCCGAGAAUGACCACAAUCUCUACAUCUGCGACCCGUGGAGUCCCAAGCACGUCUCUGUCGCCAUGAACAAGUUUGGCUACAACCUCCCAUAUUCGCAGUACUUUGGCGGUGUGUCAGCCCUUACCCCGGACCAGUACCUAAAGAUCAACGGCUUCCCCAACGAGUACUGGGGCUGGGGAGGCGAGGACGACGACAUCGCCACCAGGGUGCGCCUGGCCGGCAUGAAGAUCUCACGGCCUCCUGUCUCUGUCGGCCACUACAAGAUGGUGAAGCAUAAGGGAGAUAAAGGCAACGAGGAGAAUCCACACAGGUUUGACCUGCUGAUCAGGACGCAUCGGGCUUGGACCCAGGACGGGAUGAACUCCCUCUCGUACACCCUCCUCUCCAAGGAGCUGCAACCUCUGUACACCAACAUCACGGCCGACAUCGGCACCAACCCUCGGGCCACCCGGGGCGGCAAGGGCUCGAUCCCCAGCCUCGGUGGCAGGAACUAUCCAAGCGGCAGCAACCACGACUUCCGCCAGGAGAUGCUGCGCAAGACUCCGUUUGCCAAACUCUCCCGGGCCAUGGGUUGGGGAGAAGUUCCCUUCGGGACGAUCCAGGCCCUGCUGGAUUCAGCGACGGGAGAGCGGGGGGCUCCCAAACCGGAGAAGACGAAAACCAGCCCCACAGCGGGGAAGGCAGAGCGGGAGGUGGGGUCCCCCCGUGCGGCGGCUGGCAGCGCCAGGCCAGCAAUCCUCAGAACGGUCGUCCAGGCGGCGGCACCCAGUGCAGAAGCUGCGAAGCGAGAAGUGGAGGAUGCUGGGAAGCAUCUACCCGGGCGAGCGGAGGCAGAGUUUUUCAAGACCCCUGCCUCCCCGGUCCAGAAGCCCAUGAGCAAUCACACUGGCCCAGGAAGCGCCGGCUAGGGCGGGUGCUGCAGUCCAAGCCGGUGGGCACUAGGCACCACAGCCAAGCCUCAAGCCUCUAGAACCAAUCGUAGGAGUUGCAAUAAUAAUCAGGCUGUGGCCUAGAGCCCAUCGGGCUGCCUUUUCUGUGUCUGCUGGGUCACCAGGGCCCAACAAACCUGGACUGGACAAUGGAGAGAGACCUGGGAGGGGCAAUAAAUGGUAGUUAAAUUUCCACUGGGGCAGGAAUACACUCCACAUUCUGAUCCCUCAGCGAUUGACUCCUGGUUCCACCUGCGGUGCCGUCUCCUCCCAAAGACUUUGGCCCUACCUCAGAGGUGCCACCAACCUGCAGAAGAGUUAGGCCUCGCUGCUGCGCAGCCAUACCCCUUUGGAUUUGGGGCUGACUCUCAUUAUGGGGCCUGGGGGUGUUCUGUACCGUUAAAGGGGGUCAUUAAGCUGCUGUGACAUUUGCAUGCUGGUGGAUUUUGUCGGAGGCGGUAGACAGAAGAGGGGGAAGAGGCGGCUGCGUAUGAUUGAAGUGGAGGAGGGCACAUCCACCGAGCUCUGUCCUGUCGCUGGUGCCAGGCUCCCUCAGAAGCAAAGGCCGUUCCUGCAAAAGCCCUUGGGCUCAUGCCGUCCCCAGUGGAAAGAUGCAGGCCUCUUCCCUGCCUGGUUUGGAGAAGGGGCACUCCACAGCCUGGCGCUGCUGGGUGCCUUCUUCAAAAGGCUGGCGAAGCGGAGAUCUCCUGCUUAGCCAGACUUGUUGAAAGAAAUACGUCCAUAUACAAACACUAUUUUUCUGGCACCCUCCUUCCUUAAGAGGAGGAACUCUGCCCAGUCAAGGUGCUGGUGGUGAACCUAACAUUUGGUAGGAGAGAGGUCUGUCCCCGUCGUCGUCCGUCUCCCCCCCCCCCCCAAUCGAAUUGAAACCUAGGUGGCUGAUUCCUGCAGUUCUCUGAACCAAACCCUCUCACGUUUUCUGGAGCUGGACGCAGAUGGAUGCUGGAACCUAUUUAAUCAUUCUGAGCCAAGCAAGAAAUUCCCCCUUUUUUAAUGUCCAAGGAUUAGGGCCACAUUCACACAACGCAUUGAAAGCAUUAAAGUGCCACAUUUGUGGUCAUGGCUUCCCCCAAAGAAUUCUGGGAAAUGCGGUUCGUUUGGGGUGCUGAGAGUUGCUGUGGUGUCCCUAGUUCACCUCACGAAUGGGAUUCAAUCCCUCUUCACAGGGAACUGUGGAUUUCAGCUCCGUGAGGGGAAGGGCAGGGGGUCAUCUCCCACAACUCUCAGCACCUUAAUAGUUCCCAUGAAUAUUUGGGGGGAGACAUUUAAAAUGGUAUGAUAGGUCUUUAAAUGUAUGGCAUGAAGGUGGCCUAGGUUCAUUUUUGGGUCAAAAGUGGGGCUACUUCUCAACUUUGGGCUGUCGUGCAAUAUAUUCCUUCCCAAGGAGGUCCCUUUUUAAUGGUCUAGUGCCAUUUUUUGUACCCUAAUCCCCAUUCCAAAUAGGCUAAGGUGCCCGCUGGAUGCCUGCCCUCCCAGGCUGUUUUUUGGCACCUUGGGCCCCCUUCCUUGCCUGAAAAAAGGCCUAUGUGGACCAUUGGAAAUGGGGUUUGAUCAGCCCUGUACUUUCUGUAGCUGCUGAAUCAUGGUGGUUUUUAAAAUAAAAAUAAGCUGGAAAGGGGAUAGAUUGUAAAACUUCCUGUGAACGGAAGUUAUAGUGAUAUAGUUAACAUUACACAAUGCCCUCUUCCAGCUCUACACAUUCACACACACAUUUUUCUCUCUUAGGGCUGGUCCCAGCCUGCAACCUGUGCCCCACCCCACGGCCUCAGAAAAGGCCCUUUCCUCUUCCUCUCCGCAGGUGUGCGUCUCACAAUCGCUCUAGCUGUUGGCAGUGGUGUGUAGUUAUUUAUUCUAUUUAUGGAGUCCUCGUUCUCUCUCGCUGUAGCUGCUGUCCCUUGCCUCAGUUUUUGAUAAACCGAUUUUUUAAAUGAAAUAAAAACAUGGUCCGUGGAUUAAA